AUGACGCAACCCUCCACCAUCGACUCGCGCUUCCUCUCGCACCCCAACCAGUUGGGUGUCGUCGCCGUCGGCUUCAAUGGCGGGCAGUGUAAGAAGGGCGUCGAGGCCGCGCCGAUGGCUCUGAUCGAGUCCGGCCUGCUCACCCAGCUGCGAGAGGAUCUGGACUACGACAUCCACCACGACAACAUCAUCCACUACUACGAGAAGGACAUUCCCGCCGAGGAUCCGGAUCACCGGAACAUGAAGAAGCCGCGCGCCGUCAGCGCUGUAACCCAGAAGCUGAGCUCGCAGGUCUAUAACUACGCCAAGGAUGGCAAGUUCGUCCUCACCCUGGGCGGCGACCAUUCCAUCGCCAUCGGAACCAUCUCCGGCACAGCCAAGGCCAUCCGGGAGCGUCUGGGGCGGGAGAUGGCGGUCAUCUGGGUCGAUGCCCACGCUGACAUUAAUAUUCCCGAGAUGAGCCCUAGCGGCAACAUCCACGGCAUGCCCAUGGCCUUCCUCACCCGGCUGGCCCGGGAGGAUAAGCCCGAUAUCUUUGGCUGGCUCCAGGACGAGCAUAUCGUCAGCACCCGUAAGAUCGUAUACAUCGGUCUGCGGGAUGUCGAUCGCGGCGAAAAGAAGCUCCUGCGGGAGCACGGUAUUAAGGCCUUCAGCAUGCACGACAUUGACCGUCACGGAAUUGGCAAGGUCGUUGAUAUGGCCCUCGCUCACAUCGGCAACGAUACCCCCAUCCACCUCUCGUUCGACGUCGACGCGCUCGACCCGCAGUGGGCGCCGAGCACCGGUACCCCGGUGCGCGGCGGUCUGACCCUGCGGGAGGGUGAUUUCAUCUGUGAAUGCGUUCAUGAGACCGGUAACUUGGUGGCAAUGGACCUGGUGGAGGUCAACCCCAGCCUCGAGUCGGUGGGCGCGGCCGAGACCAUCCGCGCCGGAUGCUCACUGGUACGGAGUGCGCUGGGUGACACCCUUCUGUAA